AUGUACGUUUUAUUGAGGUUACCUCAUAUCAGGCAAUGCCGAUCGAAAUUCUUGAAAAGUCCCCACACACGAGCCGCAUGCUUGCUACGCACCUCGGCAAGCGUCGUAAAAACCGAACCGACACGAUCUAACCACUCGCUUCUAACCGUCGAGCAUGCGCAGUUGCCAGGUUUCCGACCCCACCUGACGCACCUGGUGCUGGUCAGGAAUUUUCAAACUUCGAACCGCUUGUACGACAAAGAACCUCUAAAACCCUCCUCUAAAGUCGAGGUGACAGUGCAAGAGUUGAAGAAAAAUCAGGAGGAAAAGGAAAAGGACGUUUCCAAGGUCGUGGCACCGGUUGUAAAAAAAUCUUUAAAGCAAAGAAUAGUGGACGAAAUUGUUCACUAUUACCAUGGCUUUAGACUUCUUGGAAUUGACAUUAAAAUCGCUAGUGCAUUGGGAUUUCGAGUGCUUAGAGGUAAAUCCUUGACGAGAAGAGAAUACCGCCUUAUGACGCGAACAGUAGGCGACAUCUUUCGUCUGGUUCCCUUCUCAGUUUUCAUAAUAGUGCCGUUCAUGGAACUUUUGCUGCCGGUGUUCAUAAAAUUUUUCCCGGGCAUGCUUCCCUCAACAUUUCAGAACGCCAAAGAGCAGGAAGACAAGAUAAAACAGAAUCUUAAAGUGAAGCUGGAGAUGGCGAAAUUCUUGCAAGGAACUUUGGAUGGAAUGGAGGUUCAACACUCCGAAAGGGAUUCGGAGAAGGCCAAGGAGUUCCACAACUGGUUCACAAAGGUGAGGACCAGCGGCGAGGAAGUGUCCAACGAAGACAUAAUGAAGUUUUCCAAGCUGUUCGAGGACGAAAUCACUUUGGAUUCGUUAUCGCGCAGCCAGCUGAUUGCAUUGUGCCGCGUUCUGGAAGUUCAGACGUUGGGUCCGAACAAUUUCUUGCGCUUCCAGCUGCGCAUGAAGCUGCGCAGCUUGGCGGCCGACGACAAGAUGAUCCAGAAGGAGGGAGUGGACUCGAUGACGUUAUCUGAAGUGCAACAGGCGUGCAGAGCAAGAGGAAUGCGAGCUUACGGUAUGUCUGAAGAGCGCCUCAGAAACCAGCUCUCUCAGUGGUUGGACCUGAGCCUGAACGAAAAAGUGCCCCCGUCCCUGCUGCUCCUGUCCAGAGCGCUCAUGCUGCCGGAAACGAUUCCCACCGGCGACAAACUCAAAGCGACCAUUUCCGCUUUGCCCGAAGCCAUCGUCAAGCAGACUCAGGCUUCUAUCCAAGAGAAGGAGGGCAAGAUCGACCACAAGACGAAGAUAGAGGUUCUGAAGGAAGAGGAGAAGAAGAUAGCGGAGGAGAGGAUGGAGAAUCGGGAGGAGAAGAAGAAGGAGAUGGAGCUGAAGAAGAAGGAUCUCGAUCUCCUAGUCGACAAGGCCCCCAUAAUUUCCGCCCACUCCACGCCUGUCUUGGAGGACGCAGCCCAGAAAAUCAGCAUCGCCAAGAUGGCGCAGCAAGAAGAAGCGCUGCAGUCGAAAGACUUCGAGAUUAUAGACCACGCCAUCGAUACUGUUUCAAAAGAGAAGAAACUGAUCGUGGAGAAGGGCGAGAUCGAAGAAUUAAAGGCGGAGAUGGCCGACUACGAGGAAGACGUCACGGAUUUGAAGAAGGUGGUGAGCUCGCAACCCAAACCCGAAGUGCAGGAAACCAAGGGCGCCAGAAGACUGUUCAAGACGGUAAAUAAGAUGAUUGGCCGUCUGGACAACGUAAUGGUGGAGUUAGAAAAGAAGGAGCGGCAGAUCAAGAAGGACCUGGAGAUUGAGGAGACCACCAAGAAGAAGGAGGAGCUGCUGAAGAUAGACGACAUCAUGACCGCCAUCAAGGAGAUGCAGGUCAUAAAAGACAUCCCGGACCAGAAGAAGCUCGACCAGAUCACGAAGGUUCUGAACAAGAUGGACUACGAUCAAGACGGCUCCCUAAAGAUCGAAGAUGUUCUCAAGGUCGUCGAAAUAAUGUGCAAGGAAAACGUGAAGCUGUCCGACAAACAAGUCGAUGAGCUGAUCGAGCUUCUCGACAAGGAGGAAAUCUUGUCGGUGGAGGAGAAAAUCGGGAAGGCCCUCCAAGAAUCGGGCGGGGGGUCGAAAAAGGACUCCGACUCGAAGCCGCCGAGCGGGGGCGGGGGCGGCGGUUCGGGGGGCGCCCCCCCCUACCGCCAAAAUGGACACGAAAGGUCCGAUGGUGCCCCCCAACGUUAGCAGUAUUGAAAAAAACAAAAACAGUUCCAAGAUGCUUUAA